AUGACCUAGUGUGGGGCCUGCAGCCGGGGAGGGCAAGGAUUAUAUGCGCAAGGGACCAUGUACAGGUCUCUGCCCCAGAGCUGCCCCUCCUGUUCCCUGGCCCCGCCCUCUCCCACCACCCCAGGCUGUCACCUCUUCCAGAGCCCAGGCGAGGGAGGCUGUAGAGGCAGCAGCAGAGGCGGCAGUGGCAGCGGCUGGAGUGAGUGACCAAGAGCAGAUCUGGGACAGACCAGCCCCUCCGCCCCCGAUGCCCCGCCGCCCUCACGAUGCUGAACUGUCCGCCUUGGCGACUGCUGCUGCUGCUCUUGUGGUGGGGGCCGCUGCUCCGGAGGGCGAAGACAGGCUCUGUCGGGGAGACGGCGGGGGAGCUGUACCAGCGCUGGGAACGGUACCGCAGAGAGUGCCAAGAGACAUUGGAAGCCUUGGACCCCCCAGCAGGCCUCGCCUGUAACGCGUCCUUCGAUAUGUACGUCUGCUGGGACUACGCUGCCCCCAACGAUACUGCCCGUGUGUCCUGCCCCUGGUACCUGCCCUGGCAUCGUCACGUGGCUGCAGGCUUUGUCCUCCGCCAGUGCGGCAGUGAUGGCCAAUGGGGACCUUGGAGAGACCAUUCGCAGUGUGAGAAUCCAGAAAAGAAUGGGGUCUUUCAGGAUCAACGGCUGAUUCUGGAGCGGCUGCAGGUCAUGUACACCGUGGGCUACUCCCUGUCCCUUGCCACGUUGCUGCUAGCCCUACUCAUCUUGAGUUUCUUAAGGCGGCUACGCUGCACUCGCAACUACAUCCACAUCAACCUGUUCACGUCUUUCAUGCUGCGGGCGGCGGCCAUCCUCACCCGAGACCGUUUGCUACCUCCACUGGGCCCCUACCCCGGGGGCCAGGCCCCUGUCCCGUGGAACCUGGCCCUCGCUGCCUGCCGCACAGCCCAGAUCGCGACCCAGUACUGCGUGGGUGCCAACUACACGUGGCUGCUCGUGGAGGGUGUCUACCUACACAGUCUCUUGGUGCUUGUGGGAGGUUCCGAGGGGGGCCACUUCCGCUGCUACCUGCUUCUCGGCUGGGGGGCCCCCGCGCUUUUCGUCAUUCCCUGGGUGAUCGUCAGGUACCUGUACGAGAACACGCAGUGCUGGGAACGGAACGAUGUCAAGGCCAUUUGGUGGAUCAUACGCACCCCCAUCCUCAUGACCAUCUUGAUUAAUUUCCUCAUCUUCAUUCGCAUUCUUGGCAUCCUCGUGUCCAAACUGAGGACGCGACAGAUGCGCUGCCCGGACUACCGGUUGAGGCUGGCUCGAUCUACGCUGACGCUGGUACCCCUGCUGGGCGUCCACGAGGUGGUGUUUGCUCCGGUGACAGAGGAACAGGCCCGGGGUGCCCUGCGCUUCACCAAGCUCGGCUUUGAGAUCUUCCUCAGCUCGUUCCAGGGCUUCAUUGUCAGCGUUUUGUAUUGCUUCAUCAACAAGGAGGUGCAGUCGGAGAUCCGCCGCUGCUGGCACCGCUGCCGCCUGCGCCACAGCCUCGGGGAGGAGCGCCGCCAGCCACUGGAGCGCGCCUCUGGGAUCCUGCCCUCUGGCUCAGGCCCCUGCCGGGGCGGCCCUGACUGCGCCCUGUCCUUGGGGACCCUCCCAGGGCCUGGGGAUGAGGCCAGCCGGGUCUUGGAAAGUUACUGCUAGGCAGCGGGAUGCUGUGUCCAUUCGGAUUCGCAUGCAUUUGUUGAGAGCCUACUGUAUACCAGGCCCAGCAUGGAGGGCGCUGGAGAAACUGGGGUGUGGUGGGAGGGAGAAACAAGACAAGGUCCCUGUUCUCCUAGAGUUCACAGGUCAUAAUGGGGGGGGGCAGCAAAGACAGCUAAGUUAGACACACACUGUGGAAUGGCUAAUGAGGGAAAAUUAGAAGGAAGCCUAAGGUGGUCCAGGAGGGCAUCUCUGAGGAGGUGACACUUAAGCCAUGCCUGCAAGAGGUGAAGGAGACCCUCUGGGAAGAAGAUUCUAGGCUGAAGGAACAGCAUCUGCAAAGGCCUUUCCACCACAAAGAGCUUGGCACUGCCUGAGGACCAGACAGGACCAGACGCUGCCAUGUGAUGAGACAGAUUACUAGGGGCAGGAGAGGCAGCUGCCGAGGGGUGUGAAGUGGUCGGACUCUGGUGGUAUUUAAAGGCAGAACUGAGAAUUUGCCACCGCUUUGCACGAGGGAAGUGUAUCAAGAGAAGUCAAGGAAGAUUUCUAGGUUUGGGAUGGUAGAGAGAGGGAGAUGGG